AUGUCAAGUAACACUUCCAGUCUUAAUAUCUCUGUCAAUGACUUCGGUUCAGCCAAGUCUGUGGGAUUUGACUUUACUCCACUAUUCGAAGAUGUAAUUCUCUCAAUUGUGCCGUCAGUCAUCUUACUUUUCUUACUCCCGAUUCGAAUAUGGAUGCUUCGUGGUCAACCUCGAAAAGUUAGUUCGAGCUUUUUGCAUAGCAAUAAAUUGCUGUUCUUAGGAGUUUUCACAAUCAUGCAAACGGCUUAUUUAGUUAUGAAUGCCACAACGUCAACAUUGAAGACACGUGCAACAAUACCUGCUGCAGCUCUUCUACUUGUAGAUGCCCUCGGCUUGUUUGCUUUAUCACAUAUUGAGCAUCUCCACUCUGUCAGGCCGUCUGCUCUCAUCAAUGUAUGGCUUUUGCUCACGUUGCCUUUCGAUAUGGCGAGGGCAAGGUCACUUUGGUUAGUUCAUGCAAAUAAUCCAACUGCUGCAGUAUUCACUAGUGGUCUUGGCGUUAAAAUUAUGGUCAUCAUCGCCGAAGCGGUGGAAAAGCGUCACAUUCUACUUGACAGAUAUCGAAACGCAUCACCAGAGACUACUAGUGGUAUUUAUAGUCGCAGCUUCUUUUGGUGGUUGAAUACCCUCAUGACCACGGGUUUCCAACGGGUUAUAAAAAACGAAGACCUAUAUCCCAUUGGUGAGGAAAUGAGCUCACAUUACUUGUACUCCCGAGCAAGGAGCACAUGGGAUGCAAGCAAUCAAACCGGAUCUUAUUCUUUGCUUUGGUCAACCUUGAAAGCCACACGUGGAGCAUUUGCUCUUGGGAUUGUACCACGACUUUGCACAACUGGUUUCAAAUAUGCACAACCUUUCUUACUAGAAAGAACCGUUGGUUUCGCGAACGACGAAACCCAGCCUGAUAGUAUAGGAUGGAGUUUGACUGGAGCAUUCGGCCUUGUCUUCCUAGGUUUGGCUGUCUUUAAUGGAGCCUAUUACCACAUGGCAUAUCGUUUCAACACGGCUGUACGCGGCACAAUUUGUGAAGGAUUCACAAAUAUACACGAACUUUGGGCUGUUCCUAUAGAACUAGGCAUCGCAAUGUAUUUGCUUUAUCGACAACUUGGUUUGCCUUUCUUGGCUCCUUUCUCCAUUGCCUUGUUGUGCACAGCAGGCAUUCUUCUUAUGGCAAAUUGGAUGGGCAACGCACAAAAGAUUUGGAUCAGAGGUAUCCAAACGCGCAUCGAUAUAACAACUUCUAUGCUAGGGUCUAUGAAGGCUGUAAAAAUGUUAGGAUUUACCGACUCUAUCACUACCAUGGUUCAAUCUCUUCGUGUGAAAGAAGUAUACCUUUCUCAAUUAUUCAGAAGGCUUCUGUGUGGUCGUGUUUUCCUAGCAAACAGCACUGGUAUCAUAGCGCCGCUAGUUACAUUCACAGUAUUUGUGAUUUCAGCCAAUGUUAGCGGUCGUACAUUGAGUACCUCGACAGCGUACACCUCGCUAUCUCUUAUUGCCCUCUUGGCAGACCCAAUGAAUACCCUGGUGAGGACAAUACCUCAAAUUAAUUCUGCUGUUGCUUGUUUUGAAAGAAUUCAAACUUUCAUGUUAUCGGAUGCACGAAAAGACCACCGUUUGCCAUUGGUAGGAUCUCAAUCAUCAGACGCUACCAGCGAUUCGAGUCAAGGUAUCGAGUUGAAAGAUAUGUCAACUGUGAUUAAUCCUUCAGCAAUGAUCAUUGCCCAGAAUGCUAGCUUUGCUUGGAGUCAGGACGCUCUUCCUGUGAUAAAUGACUUCAGCUUUACCCUACCAUGUUCUCAAUCACUUUUCAUCAUUGGUCCGGUAGGCUGCGGAAAGAGCACUCUACUCAAAGGAUUACUUGGUGAAACUCCUUCGUCAAAGGGCUUCAUCUUUGCCAAGACCGCUAGAACGGCGUAUGUUGAACAAAGUCCAUGGAUUCAGAAUGGGACCAUCCAAGACAACAUUUUAGGUCCAUCAAUCUUUGACUCGCCUUGGUAUGAUCAGGUUGUUCGAGCUUGCGCUUUGGAACAUGACAUCGCGAUCUUGCCUAAUGGAAGUGCUACUCGUGUGGGAAGUGGAGGUAUCUCACUAAGCGGCGGUCAAAAACAACGACUAGCACUUGCAAGAGCCGUUUACGCCAAAAACGAGUUUAUCAUUCUUGACGACGUAUUUUCUGGGCUUGAUCCAGAAACAGAAGAGCAAGUUUUCAAAAGACUUUUUGGAAAACAAGGACUCUUUCAAGAAAUGGGAACCACUAUAAUUCUUGUCACUCAUGCAGUCCACAGAUUAGCAUAUUCAGAUUACAUCAUCGCAUUGGAUCAAUCAAGCCAGAUCAUCGAACAGGGUACCUUUGAUUACUUAAAGACUAGUGGCGGCUAUGUAGAGAAUUUGGAUGCUCGGCAUAGAUCAGAGGAACGUGACUCUGAAGAAGUUGAUGCAAAGGCGACGACCCAGAAACAAAGUCCAUUCGCAAUUGUCGAAAAUGAUGAUCUCACGAAUGAAGUAGCAGAUUUGAAUCGACAAACUGGGGAUGCUUCAGUAUACCAAUAUUAUUUUGCCUCCAUCGGAUGGGUACCGACUGGAGUCUUUUUCCUUCUUGUCUUGAUAUUUGGAGCAGCAUCGAAAUUACCGGAAAUUGCUUUAACUUACUGGACUCGAGCUGUCGCUGUUGAAGGUAAUAAAGCAAACCCAUACUGGCUUGGAAUAUAUGGAAUGCUAUCUGCUAUUGCCAUGAUUGGAUUCGUGGCAAGCAUUUCCCAUUUGAUGUUAUAUAUGAUGCCGAAAAGUGCAAAAGUCCUUCACCAAAGAUUGUUGGAUUCCGUGAUGGGAGCGCCUCUUUCUUUCUUCACCGCCACAGACACUGGGACAACUACGAAUAGAUUCAGUCAAGACAUGUCUAUAAUUGACGGAGACCUUCCCUAUGCAUUGGUUGAUCUCUCAUUGUCCAUUGUGCAAGCAUCAAUGGGAGCUAUUCUAAUGUCUCUAUCCGCGGGGUAUUUUGCUGCAACUAUUCCGGUCAUCGUGCUGCAAAAAUUCUAUCUCAGGACAUCUCGGCAAAUGCGUCUCUUAGACCUCGAAGCAAAAUCCCCUUUGUACUCCCAUUUUAUCGAAACCCUUAGUGGUCUAACUACCAUCCGAGCUUUCGGUUGGACCGAAAAGUUUCGCGAGCAAAAUCUUGCGUUUUUAGACACAUCUCAGAAGCCCUAUUACCUCCUAUUCUGUAUUCAACGCUGGUUGGGUCUUGUCCUUGAUCUUCUCGUUACAGCCCUUGCAGUAAUUCUCAUGGUGCUUAUUGUCAAACUUCGCACCGAUAUUAGUCCGGGCUAUGUUGGUCUUGCUCUGCUGAACGUUAUGACUUUCAACCAAUCACUUACUCUAAUUAUCAAGGAAUGGACCCUUAUGGAGACAGCCGUUGGGGCAGUCUCUCGUCUCAAAAGUUUCGCUGCAACAACUGUAAGCGAGAACUUACCAUCCGAAGUCGAAUCUGUGCCAGAAAAUUGGCCAGCAUUCGGAGCCAUCGAAUUCAAAAACGUAAAAGCGUCCUACACCUCGACAUCCGUCCCUGUAAUCCAUGAUCUCAACCUUUCUAUAAAACCUGGAGAGAAAAUCGGAAUCUGUGGUAGAAGUGGAAGUGGUAAAAGUUCUCUCAUCGCAGCGCUCUUUCGCAUGUUGGAACUUCAUCCUGGAAGUUCGAUUCUUAUUGAUGGUAUAGAUAUUAGCGCAAUCCCUCGACAAACAGUACGGGCACGCUUGAAUGCUGUUCCUCAGGAUCCCUUUUUCCUACGCAGUACUAUCCGCACAAAUGCCGAUCCGUAUAAUGUUCACACUGACCUUCAAAUAAUCUCCGCGCUGAAAAAAGUACAACUCUGGUCUCUUAUUUCGUCUAAAGGAGGAUUAGACGCGCAACUUGAUACCGAAUUCUUCUCACACGGCCAACGGCAAUUAUUCUGUCUAGCGAGAGCCAUUCUAAGAGGAGGAAGAAUUAUUGUGUUGGAUGAAGCGACGAGCAGUGUGGAUAGCGAAACGGAUAAAUUGAUGCAGAGGGUUAUUAGGGAGGUCUUUGAGGGGUGUACGAUUCUGGCUGUUGCGCAUCGAUUGGAUACAAUUGCGGAUUUUGACCGCAUUGUAUUGUUGGGGAAGGGAGAGGUGGUAGAAAGUGGACAAUUUGGGGAGUUAAUGGAGAGGGAGGGCGCGUUUAGGGAAUUGUAUGAUUCAUGAUUUGGAGGAGGGAGCGAUUUCAUGACUUUAGUCGACCGGGUCUAUCGCCGCUAGAGAUAUGAUAGUUAGAGGUUGGUUAGGGAGGCGAACAGGUAAGAAUUCCCGACGUGGGAUUUCAAACAGUUAGAUACGUCACCUCCACCCGAUGGAACGUCCAUACUCGGAAAUCGUUAUCAGUGGUUUCGGGAGGCUUCGGAUAAGGCGCAAUUUAGAAAGUAAUUAUGCUUUGUACAUUAAAUUGCUUAUGACUUGCAUACAUACGGCAGGAACAGCUCUAUGUGAUGGACUCUGAAGACUACGGUUGAGGCGUUAUGCAGAGGAAAUCAUCCGUUGGAUUCGUCACCGAAUUGUUAAUAUCAUGAUCAUCGUCGGUGUCUUAUCAGUGAAGUUGUAUAUGAAGUUGUACGGAGUACAUAUGUGAAUUGCAAGAACACCGAUAGCCUGAUAAUUUAUGAGAUGGUAUUAGGGAUCCGCAUUCGUCAAGUCUUCCAAUGAAUUUAGUGUAUUGUUGAUUUCAAAAUUUAAGAGAGAUUAGAACACCGAUAAACAAGUCUGAGUGCCAAUCAGAAGCGAGAAAUGAAGGGGCUUGAUUUUCGAGUCUUUGAUAGAGAUUAAAAGCAUCUCCUCUUAAUCUGAAAAGCAAUAAUUAAUUCAAAUUGAUUUCAAUGAAAUUGUAAAGCCUCAUUAUUUGACAUUACAGUAUUUAAUUCUCAUUGAAAGACUUCGAAGAAUUCUUCAACUGUAAAAUGAGGUACAGAAUGCGCGUUGGUGUCAAAUCUCGACGUCGUUUCAUAUCCAUGCAAAUGCGAUAGUUGAUUGUUAGGAUUGUUAGGCGAUGAGGUUUGGUAUUUACAAAAUUGUUUCCUUAAAUAUCUGUGCGGGUUGAUAUCUGAUAUCAAUGAGGGCCCUGCUGUUUCGAUAAAGUUUGAUAGAUUAGAUAGGCAUAAUAAUGUAGGUCGGUCUCGCCGAAUUCUGCGUGGGGAGCAUUGCUGAUCCAGUCUGUUAUCAGUGUUUGCCCGUUAAGUGGCUCGAGUGGAUACGAGGUUUGAGUUGGGGAAGAGACGAAGAAGCUCCACUGAUAGAUAAUGGCGGGUUGAGAAGAGAGAGGGUGGCUGCUUUUGAUGGUGCCUAAGAGACCAAGAGCUUAUCAAGAAUUAGUUUUUCUGGGUCCAAGAUGCUAGUUCUCAAGUGGUUAAUCGAGUAAUUAAAAGUGGACUUUCUGGGGAAAUUCAUUGGUAGUCGGUCUUCCAAGUAGUCUGGAUUGAAGGCCGAGAUGAAUCUUGGCCCGUUGGAUUUUGCUUGGAGAGGGGGAUUCUUGGAAUGAGGUUACGAACUAUUGAUCACGAGAUUAGCUUGAGUGCUGUGCGGAUGUAUAGCCAAUGGAAAAUAUCCAAUUUUGCCUGC